AUGGCAGGACCACUGCCGCAGCUGGCACCGGCCAGGCUGCUCUAUUCCUCUUGUUCCUUGGAGAAGACUCUGCAGUGCAGCUGUUCCUUCCAUGGCAUCCCCACACCCUCUGUGCAGUGGUGGAUGGGAGGUACUCCUGUGGGUGUGAACAACACAGAUGGCAGCCUCCAGGUGACUUCCACCAUAAUUGCCCCCUGGGCCAACAGCACCAUCAGCCUGACAGAGCAGCCAAGAAUGAGCACGAGGCUUCUCUGUAAGGGGAAGAACAAAAAUGGAACCCACGCUUUGAGCAUCCUGCUGCUACCAAGAGAGAGGUCUUCGCCGGGCAAGACUUUCAUUAACGGGCUGAUCCAGGGCCUUGUCUAUGGAGCCAUUGCAACUGCCCUGCUAUUCCUCUGCUUCACCCCACUCAUAAUGAAAUAUAUCAGAGUGAAGCUGUCAAAGAAAGUUGCAGCGGUCAAAGCAACAAACAACCCUAAAGUCAGAGCAAGCCAAGAAGCCAAGAUGCCUCUGAAGCCUCAAGAGCCAGGAAAAUCCACCAUCAGCCCAUCUUCAGAGAAGCAGAUAUUGCAUCCCUUACCCUAAACUUCCAGAAAAAAGCAAAAUAAACUGGAACUGAUGAAGCCUGUGAAGACUACAUGCCUACCUGGAGUCCCCACUGUCCAUGGAAUUACCACAGUCUACAGAAUACUCAGCAACCCCCAGAAACCCUGGAGUCUAUGACAAACCCAAAGCCCCCGGAGUCUCCUCAUCUCACAAGGACCCCUCAAGCUCCACCUGUCCCUCACACUGAUUCUCCAUUGAGUAGGGUUACUCUGGGACCUGGUCUUAGAACGUUUGAAAGCAAACUCUAUGAUCUGCUGUUCGGGUUAACUAGAAGAAAUAUGCCUUGGCCUGGGAUGGUGUCAAAGGAAGGGAAAAUAAAUAUGAGACCAUGGUCCACCAAAAAGUAGCUUUGGAGCCCCUACUGUAUGCCCAGAACCUGGAAUAUACAUACAAGAACACCAGGCUUUAGAGCCA